AUGGAACUUUGCCAAAGUGAAAUGUUUUUAAUUAACAAAAACCAAGCGAUAAUUUUUGAAAGUAACCACAGGUUAAAAUUGCCUGAACAUCAGCUAUUUUUAACUAUACCUGAUAAUGAAUUGUCAAUUGAAGAAUGGCUUAAUCAGCUUAAAAAUGAAAAUAAAUUAUUUAGUGGAGAUAAUAAUCUAUUCUGUGAAACUUGUGGGCAGAGAUCUGAUUCAGAGAUGGUGACAGAAAGCAUUGAGCCUCAUGAAAUUUUAGCAUUUUAUAAUGCUAAAAGUAAAAACCCGAUUGAAAAUAUUCCUGAUGUUGUAUCCUUAGGGAAAAAUCAUUAUGAAAUAUUUGGAAUAAUUUGGUACAAUAGAAGCCACUACAUAGCUUAUACAAGAGAAGAGGGAAUUUGAAAUGAGUAUAAUGAUAACUAUGUCACAACAGAUAAGCAUCCAAAUCCAAAAAAUAUCUAUAUGCUUUUUUAUAAAAAAGUUAUAAUUAAUUAG